AUGUCGACAAUCUAUCUAUCUAUCUAUCUAUCUAUCUAUCUAUCUAUCUAUCUAUCUAUCUAUCUCUUUCUCUUUUCUGUUUUUCCUUACGUUUUCUUUCUUCUUUUCUUUUUUGUCUCGUUAUUUUCUUUCUAUAUUUCAUUCUUUACAUUUUCUUUCUUUACAUUUUCUUUAUAUUUUCUUUUACUUUCUUUACAUUUUUCUUUCUUUUUUCUUUCUUACAUUUUUCUUUCUUUCUUUUUUCUUUCUUUAUAUUUUUCUUUCUUUUUUCUUUCUUACAUUUUUCUUUCUUUCUUUUUUCUUUCUUUAUAUUUUUCUUUUUUUUUCUUUCUUACAUUUUUCUUUCUUUUUUCUUUCUUACAUUUUUCUUUCUUUCUUUUUUCUUUCUUUAUAUUUUUCUUUCUUUUUUCUUUCUUACAUUUUUCUUUCUUUUUUCUUUCUUACAUUUUUCUUUCUUCCUUUUUUCUUUCUUUAUAUUUUUCUUUCUUUUUUCUUUCUUUAUAUGAUUUUUUCUUUCUUUUUUCUUUCUUUUUUUUUCUUUCUUUUUUCUUUCUUUAUAUGAUUUUUUCUUUCUUUUUUAUUUCUUUAUAUUUUUCUUUCUUUUUUCUUUCUUACAUUUUUCUUUCUUUUUUCUUUCUUUAUAUUUUUCUUUCUUUUUUCUUUCUUUAUAUUUUUCUUUCUUUUUUCUUUCUUUAUAUUUUUCUUUCUUUUUUCUUUCUUACAUUUUUCUUUCUUUCUUUUUUCUUUCUUUAUAUUUUUCUUUCUUUUUUCUUUCUUUAUAUUUUUCUUUCUUUUUUCUUUCUUACAUUUUUCUUUCUUUUUUCUUUCUUUAUAUUUUUCUUUCUUUUUUCUUUCUUUAUAUUUUUCUUUCUUUUUUCUUUCUUUAUAUUUUUCUUUCUUACAUUUUUCUUUCUUUCUUUUUUCUUUUUUUAUAUUUUUCUUUCUUUAUAUUUUUCUUUCUUUUUUCUUUCUUAG